AUGAAGCUAACUCCAGAGAAGCUCUUCUCUGGAGAGGAACCAUCCCCUGGAGUGUUACUGGACAGCUUUCCCGAGGAAAGGGCCAGGGACUGUGAAGACUCCAUAGAAAAUCGGCAGGGAAACCGUGAGAAGAGUCUUAAACGAGAGCUGGUCCCUCAGAAGAGACUUUCUGUGAAGAGAGGCUACCAACAUGAUGAAUUUAGAAGGAAUUUUAGUCACCGGUCACUGCCCGUUAAACACCCAGGAGAGAAACUUCAUAAUUGUGGUUCGCUUAAGAAUUUUACAAAUUCAGAAAUGAUUAAACAAGAGAAACCGUGUGCAGGGAGGAAACCUUGGCAAUGUAAGGAGUGCGUGAAGGCAUUCAGUUACUACUCAGCCUUCGUCCUGCAUCAGAGAACUCACACUGGAGAAAAGCCCUACAAGUCCCUUAUUCGGCUUCACAUAAUCCACACGGGAGAGAAACCCUAUGAGUGUAACGAGUGUGGCAAGGCCUUUAAUCAGAGCUCCUAUCUCACUCAACAUCAGCGAAUACAUACGGGAGAAAAACCUUACGAGUGUAACGAAUGUGGGAAGGCCUUCAGCCAAAGCACAUUCCUCACCCAGCAUCAGGUCAUUCACACUGGAGAGAAACCCUAUAAGUGUAACGAAUGUGGCAGAGCUUUUAGUGACCGCUCAGGCCUCAUUCAGCACCAGAGGACUCACACUGGGGAGAGGCCUUAUGAGUGUAAUGAGUGUGGGAAAGCCUUUGGCUACUGCUCAGCCCUGACACAGCACCAGAGAACACACACUGGGGAGAAGCCCUAUAAAUGUGGUGACUGUGCCACAGCCUUCAGUGACCGCUCAGCCCUUAUUCAGCAUCAGAGAACACACACUGGGGAGAAGCCUUAUAAAUGCAAGGACUGUGAAAAAGCUUUCAGCCAGAGCUCAUCUCUUACAAAACACCAGAAAACCCACACUGGAGAAAAACCCUAUAAGUGUAAAGAAUGUGGAAAAGCUUUUAGCCAGAAUUCAUCUCUUUCUCAACAUCAGAAAACUCAUGCUAGGGGGAACAACAAGGCAUAUGGACAAGCCUUUAGUGAGUAUUCAGUCUAUGGUCAACAAAAGAGAAUCCACACUGGAUAA